CCUUCUCUCUAUUUUCUUCAACACUAUUAGUAAUAGCUUCUCUCUUUCUCUCUAAAAUCUGAUCAUCAUUUCUUUCUUUCAUUAAUUAAUCUCGUUUUUAUCUCAUCGUAUGAGAAUGGCUUGCCUUAACAUUUUCAAAGAUCAUCAGAGAUAUAAUAUUGAAGAAGAGAAGAAACAAAAGAAGGGAAUAGAAGAGCAAACACUUGAUGGAAGUGUAGAUAGGCAUGGCCUCCCUGCAAUCCGAGGCCGAAGUGGUUCUUGGAUCGCUGGAGCUCUCAUUCUUGUAAACCAAGGGCUGGCAACGUUAGCAUUCUUUGGUGUUGGAGUGAACUUAGUACUGUUCUUGACAAGGGUGCUGGGCCAAGACAACGCAGAGGCUGCAAAUAAUGUCAGCAAGUGGACGGGAACGGUCUACCUUUUCUCUCUAGUUGGUGCUUUUCUUAGUGACUCUUACUGGGGAAGGUUCAAGACUUGUGCUAUCUUCCAAGCCAUCUUUGUCCUUGGUUUGGCAUCAUUAUCACUAUCAUCAUACAUAUUCUUACUCAAGCCUAAUAGGUGUGGUGAUGGAAAAACUUCAUGUGGACCCCAUUCAACUAUUGGAAUGGCUUUGUUCUACGUUUCCAUAUAUAUGAUAGCACUAGGAAAUGGAGGGUACCAACCCAACAUAGCAACCUUUGGAGCUGACCAAUUUGAUGAGGAGGACCCUAAAGAAGGCCACUCAAAGAUUGCUUUCUUCAGUUACUUCUACUUGGCUUUGAACCUUGGCUCCCUCUUUUCCAACACAAUUUUGGGUUAUUUUGAGGAUAAAGGCUCAUGGGCAUUGGGAUUCUGGGCCUCUACUGGAUCUGCUACCUUAGCCUUGGUCUUGUUCCUUUGUGGUACCCCAAGAUACAGGCACUACACUCCUAAGGGCAACCCUCUUUCUAGGGUUUGCCAAGUUGUAAUUGCUGCAGCUAGAAAAUGGAAGGUUCAGAUGUUGCCAAGUGGAGAGAAUUUCUUCGAGGAAGUUGGAAAGGAGUCCUCUCAAAAUGGUGCUAGAAACAUUCUACACACAGAUGGUUUCAAAUUUUUGGAUAGGGCAGCCAUCAUCACAGAGAAAGACCUAAACCAAAUUGAGAGCAAUGCUCCUCAAACCAAUCCAUGGCAUCUUUGCACGGUGACACAAGUAGAGGAAGUCAAAUGCAUACUAAGACUCCUCCCCAUUUGGCUAUGCACAAUCCUCUACUCCGUCGUUUUCACACAAAUGGCCUCACUCUUUGUAGAGCAAGGCGCCGCCAUGAAAACAACUCUCUCAAGCUUCCACAUCCCUCCGGCGAGUAUGUCAAGCUUUGACAUCCUCAGUGUCGCCGCAUUCAUCUUCCUCUACCGACGAGUCAUCGACCCUCUCACCUCUCGGUUCAUGAAAAACCCUAACGGACUCACUGAGCUCCAAAGAAUGGGAAUAGGCCUUGUGAUAGCCAUAGUGGCAAUGGUGUCAGCUGGAGUUGUGGAGUGUUUUAGGUUAAAGUAUGCAGUGCAUGGUAGUACUAGCGGCUCAUCAAGCCCUAGUUCUCUAAGCAUAUUUUGGCAAGUGCCCCAAUAUGUUCUUGUAGGAGCUUCAGAAGUUUUUAUGUAUGUAGGGCAAUUGGAGUUCUUUAAUAGUCAAGCUCCGGAUAGGUUGAAGAGCUUUGGGAGUGCACUUUGUAUGACAUCUAUUUCACUUGGCAACUAUGUGAGUAGCUUAUUGGUCACAAUUGUGAUGAAAAUCUCUACUAGGGAUGAUAUGCCUGGUUGGAUACCUGGAAACCUCAAUAAGGGUCAUUUGGAGAGGUUUUACUUUCUCUUGGCGGCUUUGACCACUGCAGACCUUGCGGUCUACAUUUUGUGUGCAAAGUGGUACAAAUACACUAAGUUUGAAGGAAGAAAUGGGGAAGAGUAUGAGGGUGCAAAUAGUACUACUAUGCUUGCCACUGAACUUAGAGUCGCCUGAUCGAACAGUGUGCACGAGUUUAAGAUUGCGGGGUCCAUUUUGAAUCGCUUUUUGGAGCACUUUUGCAAAAAUGCCACAAACAUGAUGUGUUCCAAAUCAAGUGGUUUUCAUAUCAAAGAAGUAGGGUUUUGUAAUUUUUUUUGUUUUGGGGGUCAAUCCGUCCAUGGUAUUUGUAAGAUAAAUAAGUAAGGAUGGAGUUGGUAACUUGGGGGAUAUAUAUGUCGUGAGGGAGUUGUGUGUAAACGAAUACAUGUUAGCUAUGAAGCACUAGAGACUAAAUGGGAUUUUAGUUCCAUUUCUCUAAGUGGAGCACACAUGUUACUUUGUGUACUAGAACCUAUAUAAUUGAGCCACAUUCAUUUUAUUAUGUAUUA